AUGCCCAGGAAAAGGAAAUGGACAAUUACUGUUAUCAUAUCUCUUAUUGGGGCCGUAAGCCCUUUCGGCAGCGCCAUAACACUACGUAAGUCAUUGGCAAGGGGAGCUGCAGAGUGGAGUUUUGCUAUGGGUUCAUCACAUGCUCACCAUAUUUCAGCUGCACUUACUCCGAUAGCAGAAGCAUAUGAAACCACGGCGUUCAUGUCAAGUAUGUCAGUUGGAAUUUAUAUGCUUGCCAUGGCCCUGUUUCCUCUGUGGUGGUCUUCCGCGUCUGAGUUGGUCGGAAGGAGAACAGUCUAUGUUAUCUCCAACAUAGGGAUGGCCUUUUUUAGUGCUAUGUCCGCCAUUUCGCCUACCAUCGGCAUUUUCCUCGCGAUGAGAUUCUUUACAGGAGGUGCAUCAUCGGCGGCAAUGUCGGUCGGUGCAGGGACCAUCGCAGAUAUAUGGGUACCAGAAGAGAGAGGCACAGCGAUGGGGUACUUUUUCCUCGGACCUCUUUGCGGACCGUUGCUGGCCCCGAUUCUAGGCGGUGCCCUAAGCGACAAGUUUGGUUGGGCUAGUACGCAAUGGUUUCUUACUAUCUAUGGGGGUGAGUGUAUCAAGUUUUCCAGAUGUUCAACUAAGGCUUGAGUAUCUUCAUAGGACCUUACUGACCAUUUCAGUUGCCAUGACAGUGCUUGUGUUGCUUGGGCUUCCAGAAACUUCUCCCAAAAGGGCAACAGUGGAGGUAAGUGAGUCCGAAAUGGGAGGUAUUGAAAACCAACCACAUCGCGGGCUGCUCCAGUUAGUUGUGUCAGGGGCGAUUUACGCUGGUCAUAAGUUCAAGGAGCUUUUCAUUGAUCCCUUCAAACUACUGGCAUACCUACAAUUCCCUGCCAUUGCCCUUUCAGUACUUAUCAACUCUGUUACUUUUGGAGCCUUAUAUGUUGUCAAUAUUAGUCUCGAGCAUAUCUUUAGCAACGCGCCGUAUUCGUUUCCCAGCUGGAUGGUUGGGUUCGUUUACACCCCUGCUUCCAUCGGCUACAUUGUCGCUAGUCUUUUUGGAGGGAGAUGGAUGGAUAAGAUUAUGCGAAGGCGAGCCGAGAAAAAUGACAGAUAUGAUGGAAAUGGAAAACUCAUCUACCUUCCCGAAGACCGCAUGCGAGAAAAUGCCUGGUGUGGAGUUCUGGGUUAUCCAGCAGCCGCGAUAUGGUAUGGCUGGGCAGCCCAUUACAGGCUAUUCUGGCCAGCAGUUGUGAGUUCAAAUGGCCGUUGGGUUUCAAUCCCUUACUGA